AUAACUCGACCCACCCCCUCUACCUUUCCUGCUAUUUCUUCCCAAGUGGUUGACCACCGAAUAAAGAGAGAGAGUAGAAAUUGGAGAACCGAAUAGAAGAAGGAAAGAAAGAGUAGAAAUUGGAGAACCGACGAAAUAGAGGGGGGAAGGAAGGAAAGAUGAAGCUCUCGCUGCUGCAGGGCCAGGGCGUGCGGCGGGCGUCGGCGUUCCGGCCGUCUGCCGCCUCGGCGCCGUCUGCGGGCGGUGCUGCCGGCAGUGCAGACGGCGGGGGCUCGGGGGGGAGUGCAGACGGCCCGCUGAAGUCGUCGUCCGCCUCGGCUUUCUGGCUCAUCCUCCACGGCCUCUGCUGCGCCGUCAGCCUCCUCCUCGGCUUCCGCUUCUCCCGCCUCGUCUUCUUCCUCCUCUUCUCCACCUCCACCCUCUACUCCGCCUCCUCCCCCAUCCUCCGCACCACCACCACCACCACGACGAGACGACGGACGACCACCACACCGAAACCCUAACCCUCUCCUUCCCUCGUCCCGGCCCCCUCCGGCGCUCCUCAACUCCUCUCGGCGCCGCGUCCGCCGCGUCGGCGGCGGCGCUCUCGGCGCAGGAGCCACGUGGUGGUGGGGCGGCACGGGAUCCGGAUCCGGCCGUGGCCGCACCCCGACCCGGCGGAGGUGAUGCGCGCGCACCACAUCAUGGAGCGGGUCCAGCGCGAGCAGCGGCGGUGGUACGGCGCCAAGAGCCCCCGCCCCCUCAUCGUCGUCACCCCCACCUACUCCAGAACCUUCCAGGCCCUCCACCUCACCGGCCUCGUCCACUCCCUCCGCAACUCCCCCUUCCCCCUCACCUGGAUCGUCGUCGAGGCCGGUGGCCUCUCCAACGCCACCGCCGCCCUCCUCGCCCGCUCCCGCCUCCCCUUCCUCCACCUCCCCUUCCCCGAGCUCAUGCCCCCCGAGUGGUCCGAGCGCCACCUCACCGAGAACCGCAUGCGCCUCCUCGCCCUCCGGGUGAUCCGGAUGCGGAGGAUGGACGGCAUCGUCGUGUUCGCCGACGACAGCAACGUGCACAGCAUGGAGCUCUUCGACGAGGUGCAGAAGGUGAGGUGGAUGGGCGCGGUGUCGGUCGGCAUCCUCGCGCACUCCGGGAGCGCCGACCCGGCGGCGCAGCAGCAGCCGCUGAGCGAGGAGGAGCGGCAGAACCUCCCGCUGCCGAUCCAGGGCCCCGCGUGCAACUCCUCGGGCCAGCUGGCCGGCUGGCACACGUUCAAUUCCCUGCCGUACGCCGACCGGAGCGCCACCCUCGUCGGGGAGGGGGCCACCGUGCUGCCGCGCAACCUGGAGUGGGCCGGGUUCGUGCUUAAUUCCAGGCUGCUGUGGAAGGAGGCCGAGGGGAAGCCCGAGUGGGCUCGGGACCUCGACGCGGUCGGGGAGAACGGGGAGGAGAUCGAGAGCCCGCUCGCGCUGGUGAAGGAUGCGUCCUUCGUCGAGCCGCUGGGGAAUUGCGGGAAGAAGGUUCUCCUGUGGUGGCUCCGUGUCGAGGCCCGAUCCGAUAGCAAGUUCCCUCCAGGAUGGAUUAUUGAUCCACCUCUCGAAAUUGUUGUUCCUUCCAAGCACACUCCAUGGACUGAUACCAAUUCAGAAGUUUCAUUUGAGCAGGACAGGCGCUUCUCAAGAGAAAAUAGAUCAAGGCUGAAAAGGAAGAGCGAGCCCCAAACGCAAGACUAAUGAGUCAGCACCAGACAGGAACUGCCCAUGCUUGGGACUGGACCUGGAUUUCACCCUUCGACACUCCAUCGCUCUUUUGCCGCAGUUGCCUAAAACCAGUUGAUACUUAAUCAGUCGUGCCGGUAUAAGCACUGUUAUCUUCUUAAUGUGUUUUAAUUUGUGGGAGUCUGAAAGAAAGACAACAUACAUACUCGAGUUAUACAGGUUCGCCCGUAAAUUUUUCCUUUUUUUUCUUUUUUUUUUUUUAAUUUUUCCUGUAUUCAAUCUGCUACUUCAUUUCUGUAACAUGGUAGAUGUGCUUCUUGUUAUUUGGAAAAUACGAGAAUCGACUUAUCCUUUGCUCUA